GCAGUGAGGGAGUGAGGAUCGCAGUCGUGCUCCCAGUGGAAGAUGGCGGUGGAGAUGCUGCCUGUUCCUGGAGCAGGACACUGGAUCUGUACAAGAAGAAAAGCAAGACUGGAUAUACAGCGAAAUUAACAUGUAGCUCUUUUAUCUCCUCGAAGUGUGGACUAUUUUGUUUGAACAGAGUCUGCUGCCUCUUUUAUUGACCCGGCAGAAACCCGGGUUGUGUGGUCGGGGCUUCAAGUGUGUUUCACUGAUAGCUCGGCGUAUAGACAGACAGGGUGGCAGUGAAAAGUGGACGAAAAUGUCGGAUACAAAGGUAAAAGUUGCGGUGAGAGUUCGGCCCAUGAACCGCAGAGAAAUUGAACUGAACACAAAAUGUGUCGUGGACAUGGAGGACAACCAAACUGUUCUGCACCCUCCACCCUCAAAUACAAAAGGAGAGAACAGCAGGAAACAACCUAAGGUGUUCGCUUUUGACCACUGUUUCUGGUCCAUGGAUGAGUCGAACGUACCCAAAUAUGCUGGUCAAGAGGUGGUGUUCAAGUGCCUUGGAGAGGGAAUACUUGAAAAUGCAUUCCAGGGAUAUAAUGCCUGCAUAUUUGCAUAUGGACAAACAGGUUCAGGUAAAUCCUUUUCCAUGAUGGGGAAUGGGGAGCAGCCGGGUUUAAUCCCUCGACUCUGCUGCACGCUGUUUGAGAGGGUCCACAGGGAAUCCAACGAGGCCCAUACUUUUAAGGUGGAAGUGUCUUUCAUGGAGAUUUACAAUGAGAAGGUCCGUGACCUGCUUGAUCCCAAAGGGAGCCGUCAAUCGCUGAAAGUUCGGGAACACAAGGUCCUGGGUCCGUACGUAGAUGGUCUGUCUCAGCUGGCAGUGACCAACUUCGAGGACAUCGAGGUGCUGAUGUCUGAGGGCAACAAGUCUCGCACAGUUGCAGCCACCAACAUGAACGAGGAGAGCAGUCGCUCACAUGGCGUCUUCAGCAUCAUUGUCACACAAACACUUUAUGAUCUACAGUCUGGGAAUUCCGGGGAGAAAGUGAGCAAGAUGAGUCUGGUUGACCUGGCAGGAAGCGAGAGAGUGUCUAAAACUGGAGCUGCCGGGGAGAGACUUAAAGAGGGAAGCAACAUAAACAAAUCACUCACCACAUUAGGCUGUGUGAUUUCUGCUCUGGCUGAUCAGUCUGCGGGAAAGGGGAAGGCCAAGUUUGUACCUUACAGAGACUCAGUCCUCACCUGGCUACUGAAGGACAACCUUGGCGGCAACAGCAAGACAGCCAUGAUAGCCACAGUGAGUCCAGCAGCUGACAACUACGAGGAGACACUGUCCACACUUCGUUACGCAGACAGGGCCAAGAGAAUCGUCAACCAUGCCGUCGUGAAUGAGGACCCUAACGCUCGAAUCAUCAGAGAGCUGAGGGAGGAGGUGGAGAAGCUCAAGGUUCAGCUCUCUCAGGCUGAGUCCAUGAAGGCUCCUGAACUGAAGGAGAAACUGCACGAGUCUGAGAAGCUCAUUCUGGAGAUGACUGUCACUUGGGAGGAGAAGCUGAGAAAGACAGAGGAGAUUGCCACUGAGCGUCAGAAGCAGCUGGAGAGCAUGGGCAUCUCUUUGGAAACCUCUGGGAUUAAAGUGGGAGAAGAUAAGUGUUUCCUGGUCAAUCUCAAUGCUGAUCCUGCCCUGAAUGAGCUGCUGGUCUACUACCUGAAGGAGCACACACGUGUGGGUGCAGACACAUCCCAGGACAUCCAGCUCUUUGGUAUUGGGAUCCAGUCAGAGCACUGUGUCCUGGAACUGUGCCCAGAUGGUGAUGUCACCCUGAUGCCCAUAGAGAAUGCCAGGACCUGUGUGAACGGAACAAUGAUCGACUCCUUGGUGCACCUGUGGCACGGGGAUCGUAUCUUAUGGGGCAAUAACCACUUCUUCAGGAUAAAUCUGCCACAGCGAAAGCGACGGGACCGCUUGAAGGAGCUGGAGAGAGCUUCCCCCAGAGAGAGCUUUGUCGAGGCAGAUGUGGAGACGGCUAGUGAAGCCUCUUCUGAGCAGGACUACAGCUAUGAGUUUGCCCAGAUGGAGGUCAUAAUGAAGACUCUUGGGAACAAUGACCCCAUGCAGAAUGUGGUCCAAGUGCUGGAGAAGCAGUACCUGGAGGAGAAGCGGACGGCGCUGGAGGAGCAGAGGAUGAUGUAUGAGCGAGAGCUUGAGUCACUGCGGCAACAGCUGUCUCCUGAGAAAGCAACGCAGCACCACCGCAGCAACAGCGAUCGCCUCACGUUCCCGACGCACACGGCACACGGCAAGCUGCGACUGUGGACGGAUGACCGAGAUGAGCUUUUUCGCCAGAGUCUUUCUCGGCUCAGGGAGCAGGUCGUGAAAGCCAACACCUUGGUGCGAGAAGCCAACUUUUUGGCAGAGGAGAUGAACAAACUGACCGACUAUCAGGUCACCCUUCAGAUUCCCGCAGCCAACCUCAGCGCCAACCGCAAGCGUGGAGUAAUAGUGAGUGAGCCAGCCAUCCAGGUGCGUAGGAAAGGGAAGGGGACCCAGGUGUGGACCAUAGAGAAGCUGGAGAACAAACUAGUGGACAUGAGAGACCAUUACAGGGACUGGAGGGAAGGCACCGAGGAGUUGCACAACAAGGCAAAUAGUAAGCACUGUGAUCCCUUCUAUGAGGCACAAGAGAACCACAACCUGAUAGGCGUGGCCAACAUUUUUCUGGAGUGCCUUUUCCAUGAUGUUAAACUGCAGUAUGCUGUGCCCAUCAUCAGCCAGCAGGGAGAGGUAGCAGGCAGGUUACACAUUGAGCUGAUGAGAGUCAGCGGUGCUGUACCCGAGCGUCAGUCUGGGGGAGACGACUCGUCAGAAAACUCCAGUGAGAGUAGUUGCUAUGAGGUCAUGGACACCAACGGGGAGAUUGUCCACAUGGCCAAGAGGCUCACCUGCAGGGUGCGGAUCAGGGAGGCUACAGGUCUGCCACUCAACUUGUCCAACUUUGUGUUCUGUCAGUACACCUUCUGGGAGCAUGGUGAGCCCACUGUGGCUCCUCCCAUGGUCAGCCCAGACAGACCUUCCCCUCGAAGCCCAGACGCCCAGUUCACUGUUCAGUUUGAUCACUGCAAGGACUAUGUUGUGCACGUCACGGACGAGUUUGUAGAGUUCAUAUCAGACGGCGCAUUAGCCAUUGAAGUGUGGGGUCACCGCUGUGCUGGGAAUGGACGUUCACUCUGGGAGUUAGACGCACUAGAGGCCAAGACUCAGACGCUCCGAGACAGGUGGAGGGAAGUGUCUCGCAGGAUCGAGCUGUUGCUCUCCAUCCAGGAGCUGAAUGAGCAGGGAGAAUAUUCGUCUGUGGAGCUGCAUUCGGCAAAAGACGGCAGCACAGGAGGAGUCUUCCAACUAAGACAGGGUCACUCUCGGAGGCUGCAUGUGUGCGUGAAACCAGUCCAGAACUCAGGCACUCUGCCUCUGCUGGUGGAGGCCGUGCUCUCUGUCUCUAUUGGCUGUGUGUCGGUGCGUUCCACCAAACUACAGAGACCCCUCGACAGCUACCAGAGAGAGGCGGAAGAGGAUAUGGAUAGUUAUCAGGAAGAAGAUCUCAACUGUGUUAGAGAGCGCUGGUCAGACGCUCUGAUCAAACGCCGGGAGUACCUUGAUGAACAAAUCAAGAAAAUCAUCAACAAACAUGAAAAGUCAGAGGAGGACAUUGAGCGUGAAGCUCGGCUGGUGGAGCAGUGGGUUGGACUGACUGAAGAGAGAAAUGCAGUGCUGGUACCUGCACCUGGCAGUGGCAUCCCUGGAGCUCCUGCUGACUGGACUCCACCUGCUGGAAUGGAAGCGCACAUCCCAGUGCUUUUCCUGGAUUUGAAUGCGGAUAAUCUGACAGUGAACGAGCAGCUGACAGGCCCACAUGCUGCAGGCGUUAACUCCAUCCUGCCUAAGGAGCAUGGAAGCCAGUUCUUCUAUCUGCCCAUCAUCAGACACAGUGAGGAGGAGGUUCUGGCCGUGUGCUCCUGGGACUCAUCCAUCCACGAUUCUGUGCACCUCAACCGGGUCACGUCUCCAAAUGAACGCAUCUACCUGAUCAUCAAAGCCACUGUGCAGCUCAGCCACCCUGCCUCCAUGGAGCUGGUGCUGCGAAAGCGCAUCGCCGUCAACAUUUAUAACAAACAGAGUUUCACUCAGAGUCUCAAGAGACGAAUGUCUCUCAAGAACUCACUCUACUCCUGUGGUGUGACUUACGAAAUCGUCUCCAACAUACCAAAGGCCUCAGAGGAGCCAGAGGAGCGGGAAACUUUGGCCCUCAUGGCUGCUCGCGGUGACAGCGAGGAGACUCAGGACGGGGAAACCUACAUAGAGAAAUACACACGGGGGGUCUUGGAAGUGGAGAACAUCCUCAGUCUGGAAAGGUUACGGCAGGCUGUGACCGUGAAGGAAGCACUCGCCAACAAGGGGAGACAUCUAAGAAGGAGCAUCAGCACGCCUAAUGUACAGCAUGUAAUGUCCUCGUGCAGUAAAACGGACUUGACUGGCUGUGAGGAUGAAGACUAUAAAGAUCACUGUGAUCAUGUGGACAACUCCAACUGCAAUCCCCAGGAUGGCUCUCUUUGCAGCACACCCGUCAAAAGCAGGGAGAACCAAGGUUUGACUCCAGAGAGUCCCACCUUUUUCAAUUCCAGCCCCUUUAAAGCUAUUUCGCCUCAGCCACCAAAGUUCCUCAAGUCUCUGCUGCCUGUCAAAGAGGAGAACAAGGCAAAGAAAGUACUGGAGGCUCGACCACUGCUGGGACAAGAGCUGCAGAGCAUGCGCUCAUGUGUGGACAGCCCUGCACUGCUCCCCCCUCCCUGCCCUUGGCCCCAACCCAGGGCAGGCAGCGAGGGCCACUGCAAGCCUUCCACCUCCUCCUCCUCCACCUCCACCUCCACCCUCACCUCCACUCCCAACAGCAGACAGCUCAGCCACACAUUGCCACACACUGCUCAGGACUCGGAGGAUGACGAGACGGAUGUAGAUGUGAACCUGGAUCAGCGCCCUCAGGAUCACAGCCGCCUCCAGCCUUACGUCCCCGAGGACUUUGCUAACUUUGAGAUCUACAAUGCCACGCUGGACAACCAGGAGGGGCUUCUGCCCUCCUGCUCUGACUUAAAGGGAAGCAGGUGUGGAGGUGGCAGUGGAGAGAAACUGGUGUCCCGAAGCCCCACAACCAGCAGUUGCACCAGUGGUUACUUUUCACACAGUGCCUCCAAUGCCACGCUGUCUGACAUGCCUUUCAGUGCCAGUGAGAGCUCUGACCACCUCAGCUGCACCUCCAGAGACCUCCAGGAGCCCCUGGGCUGUCAGGCUGGACGAGGCUGCACCCAAACCAAAAGUGUUUCUGCAGGGACUGACACGCUGCAGUCUCGUCUCUCUGCAGACGUGGCCCAGGAUCUGCUCACCCAAACUCAGGGCUCCUCACCUGUUAGUAUUCCUAAUUGCACAGACAAACAGCGAACAUUCCCUCUGCCUCACAGCGGUGUUCUCAGCACCAGCCUGGAGUUCUCUGACUUUAAAGGGGCCGAUGACAGUAUUGCAGAGAGCGAUUUAGCACAUUUUACAGAGGGAUGGGAGCAGGAGCGUUUGAAGCAGAAGAAACCCGAUGCUAUCGAAGCUUGUGACAAUGGCAGUCAACCCUCCUCUGUUGUCUGUGGUAUUAUCGACACAUCUAAUGCAAUAUGCAGUCUUCCUGAAAGUGAAGACUCUGUUAAUGUACCAAUGUGUUGCUCUGACACAACUUUAGUUUGCACUUCAGUCAGAGCCCCGAAUAAUGUGCCUGACAAAGUACCAGCUCCAUCGCAAUGCCACACAAUUCCAUCUGCAUCAAUCCCACCUCCAGUGUCGCCGUCUCCACUCGCACGCGCGUCUGCAGUCACGUCCUCUGCCCCAGCUUUGCGAGGAGGAGGAGAACCUCCCAUCCAGGAGCCAGCACAGGGAGAUCUGCCCCACGGGAGUCCCUGUCCCAGCCCCAACCCCAGCAGUGCUGAGCCCUCGGGGGACUCCAGCGGGGAUGAGAGCACUCCUGCCGCUCAACUGCCUGACUGGAUGGCUCCUGGAGAGCAAGUGUGGGUGGGGAAGAGGAGAGGAACAGUCCACUAUGUUGGAGGGGUCGAAUUUGCGAAGGGUAUCUGGAUUGGGGUGAAGCUGGACAUGGCAGUGGGUAAGCAUAACGGGACUGUCCAGGGCAGAGUUUACUUCCGCUGCCCCCCGGGCCAUGGCGUGUUUGUCAAACCAUCUCGUCUCACCAGAGGACCACUCUCCAUGGACACAGAACCCCAGACUCUGAUCAGAUAAGACCCAAAGACGGACCAACUUUCUAAGGCAAAGCAGGGACCUGAAGGUGGCCCUCGGAUUCCAGUGCCUGUGGCUUCACACCCUCCACUCAAAUCUCUGAGCUGAUGCAUUCUGAUGGCAUGUCUGCUUUCCUGUGGCUUAAAUGACUCGUGCAUUUAAUGAAGGUAUAUUAUUGUUCACCGGUAUUUCUCUAUGCACAUAUCUGAGUUUUCUAUGAGGUGAUAUUUUUGAUAUAGAACUUAACUUUUAACUGAGAGUUCAUAUGGAAAUAUUACCCACAUGCUUUUUUUCCCCCUCACAUUUGUAUCUAAACAGUAUAUAUAAUAUUUUUUAUAAGAAGACAAUGCGUCCUCCCCUGAGGCUCAGAGGGGCGUAAUCUGGGAUGCGAAGAUGAAGAAUGUACUACUGUUAAUAAACGUUGAUAUUUACAUCAAUAUAUGUCAGGGGUAACCAAAGAACUACGGUUCCAUAUCUGCUGUUAUGAGUAAUGUGUUAUUUUUCUAAUGUGUGGAAGUGUUCACUAAAUACUGAAUCUAUGAGUCCAAGUAAAGCUUAGUGCCAUAGGAGUAAUGCCACAUAUACCCUGACACGUCUGCAAAACCUGAGUUUCUUUCAGUGUUUGACUGCAGUUAAACCACAUUAAAUUAUCCUGAAGUCAAAGUACUGUAACACUGUGGAGGAAAUAAUCCCCAUCCAGCAUGAGACUGUUGCUGUUUGAACGCUUGCACUGGAAAGGAUUCUUGGAGAGUUUGCCGACUGUCUUCCAAAUGUCUUCUAAUGGAAGAGUCACACGUUAUCACUUUAAUUCAUGAAAUGAAGCAGCUAGGCGUCGUAUAGACGCCUGGAUGUAUGGAUGCCUUAUUGUUCCCUUCCUACAAAGAAAGACGCGUCGACUUUUAGAUUCCACUGUGUUAUUGUAAACGACGACAAAGUCUAUGGACCUGAAACCUGUGUAUGUAUGUAUAUCCUGAUGCAUUCAAAACGCCAUCAACCCUGACCUGUUUGUUUGAAUACCUUUUUAACUGCUUGUCUGUUUUCAUGUCAUGUUAACUGAUCUACAGUCUAAGACUACAUGUGAAGAGGUACUCGGUCAUGCGGUUUUUCACAUGACCAGCGGGGAGGAAGCGGUGCAAACGUGGAGAGAAUUUAUCGUUUUAACUUCUGGUUUUAUAGAAGCGAUUGAACUGUGGAACUGAAUAGAAGUAGUCAUGUAAAUGAAAGAAAGCCAAGACCUUACACAAAAGAAGAGGAAUAAAAGCUGCUCUCCCUCAUAAGGAGUUGUAAAUAGAAAAUGUAUUUGAACAUAGUAUUUACAUUAUUAUAAUGUACAGAAUUGUAUUUAUAAUGUAUCUCAAACUGUUUUAAUGGGUACAAAAUGUUCUAGAAUAGAACAUUUACAAUCA